AUGAUUGUCUCAAACCCAGGUAAACAAUCCAACAAUAUUUAACAAUUACAUAAUAAGAUGAAUUCUACACCCAUUUUCAUUGACUUUAAUGUACGAUCUAUCUGAGGACAGACGCAUAGAUGACGUGACCAUUAACGACAUUUUGCUUUUUUAUCAUGCAAAACAAACUGAUUCUUUGUUUUGAUACAUCUGUUCAGUAAAAGGUCACAGCUGUGGCAAGAACAAAAAAACUGUGGUGAGAACAAAAUAGGGGCACGCGAGGCGCAGCCGGGUAUGGUACUGAUGGGAGUGAAGUGUCUUGCGCAUGCCCAAGAAUACAAUACAAUGACCCGACUUCGGCUCAAACCCAGACCUCUCGACAUUGAGUCCAGCACGUCUCCUUUCGAGUGUCAGCUACGUGUACAAUGUUAGUAAACAUGGAAAUGAAUUUUUCAUUAUUAUCUUACAAAUUCCAUUAUUAUCUUAGUGGACAUUUUAACUUAUGUGGCAUGGAAAAUCAGCGGACUUCCCCAUGAGCGCGUGAUUGGAAGCGGAACGCACCUGGACACGGCCCGGUUUCAUUUUCUUAUCAGUGAAAAACUUAACAUUGCGCCAAACAAUGUGCAUGGAUGGAUCAUUGGGGAGCAUGGCGAUGCUAGUGGUACGUUAUCAAUACUCCUUUCUUAGCUCUUCAUUGGUAAGGGCCACUGAUCAUAAUCAUAGGGGGUAUUACAUUUUAGUUCAAAUGGUAAAACACACCAGGUGACAGCUGACCUCUGAUAUAAGCUGCUCCGUUUGUGCUUCUUCCAAAAGCAAGUCGCUGCGACUCAGUAGUACUUUCGAAUCAAAACCAGCCACAGUUUGAAUAACUUGUUUCGACGGCAAAGUUCUGUCGUAGAACUUAAGUCGUCUCAGAAAAUUUCCAUGUGGGGUUGGUUUCCGCUCUUCUGUGGAGUCCAGUCUUUACUCCUCUCGCACUAACAUGGGCCCUUUCCCAAACAGCAGGAAGUUACUAAGCCAAUUGUAGCUGCGACCCGUUGCCUAGUGACUAAAUCUCAACCAAUGAGCGCUUUUUUUUUUUUACCCUCAUAGUGAAUCUCCCAUAUUACUUCGGGUGAAACAAGCUCUCCCUUACUGUUUUGCAAACUUAAAAUUUUUGGGCUCAUUCGUCAAAUGGUUGCUGUUCUAUGUAUUUCCUCGUUUCUCAGUGCCUGUUUGGAGUGGUGUGAAUAUUGCUGGAGUUAAUCUCAAGGAUCUCCACCCAGACAUCGGGUCUGAUGGCGACCCGGAAAAAUGGAAUGAAGUACACCAGAAGGUUGUGAACAGGUAAAUUUUUGGAAUUGUGCAUAGUAUUUUGAACACUGCGUGAUCUGACGUUUAACGGGCCAGGUCUGACUUCCUGCGUUUCAAAUUUCCCAGUGCAAUGGCUUUGGGUAAAGAGGAGGGGGGAGGGGUGGGGAAGAAAUCGACUGUGCCCGAGUUAAAUUCAUCUUCCAGUCCUCGAAGGAAUUAGUAACGUCAGCUCUUUGACGAUUUUCGACCUUGUGUGUGUACUUGCGUUGAUCUGUCGUGUUUUCCUAUUAUUUGUCCAUUUUUAAUUGGAUACGUUAUCCUAGAACAAGGUCUUCUUGAUGCAUAUCAUUAUUAUUCGAGGGAGAAAAGGUGUUUGUUUUUGUGAAGUGUUUAAUGUUAGGGGCUCACUACAUCGAGAUUUAAGAGUUCAGAUCUUGAAAUCAUUGUAGUAACCUAUUGAGCUUUGACUUUUCCAAUGGUGUAAGAUUUCACGCGUAAACCUUGCAGUUUUGCAGAAAAGCGCCACAGCAACUGAAAUUCUACUAUAAGAUUUGCGAGAAUCUCUUAGAGGGCAGCGAAACGCAAUAUAUUGUUCUUUCUCCUGUUCAAUUUAGCGAGACCUUGACUCCGUCAGUGAUAGUGUUCUUACUUCUCCAUUUAGUGCCUACGAGGUGAUCAAACUGAAAGGUUACACAUCCUGGGCCAUCGGUUUGAGUAUCGCCACCAUGAGUCAAGCGUUGCUAAGGAACCAGAAGAACGUACAUGCUAUUUCAACCCUUGCUAAGGUGAGGUUUAACACGUUACAAGGAAGAGUAUAGAUGGAACGUUAAGAAUAAGGGGCUGAAAUGGAAGCCAGGUGGUAAGUCUGUACUUUAUCCAGAUGGCCCAUCCAGCCGGAGCUUAACCCGGUUUCCACAGCAUGAAGCGACUAAGAUCAUUACUACUUCCCUGACAAUUUGCCGGUACCCAUUUAUACUCCUGGGUAGAGAGAGGCACUCUGAAAUUAAAGUGUUUAGCCAUGCGAGACAUGUGCGUUGUGAGAUAAGUCCUCUUGGUUGAAAAUUUGCUCUAGAAAUCGACUCAAGUCCCUUUCAAUGCUUUUUCAAUUCAGGGUUUUCAUGGAAUCGAAGAAGAGGUGUUUCUCAGCCUUCCUUGCGUGCUCGGCUCCCAUGGCAUCAUGUACGUCAUCAAGCAGACUUUGGACGAAAACGAGGCAAAGAAACUUCAGACCUGCGCGCGCACGAUGAACGAGAUUCAACAGAGUCUUGAGUUCUGAGUAUAUAGUGGUUGUCGCUGUAAAAGCAUAGCUGUAAGUUAUAUUAAAAAGAUGAGCUGUUUGUAAGUUAUUAUUUUCUAGCUAUGUAUGGAAUCAUUGGCUCUCGCUGUCGCUCCAGACUACCAGCAGUCACUCCUUUUCUGAGUCCUUCGCGCGUGUUAAAAAAAUUCAGUGAAGAAAACAAGUGAUGUGAGAGCGCCGCGCGGAACUCUGUUCGUGCGCCUCAUUCCCGAAGUUCCAAUUUUAUUUUUUCACUGAUUUUUUUUUCGGGACUCACGCGGCAGACUUUGCCGAAAAGCAGGGACUGAUCCAUUAGUAGUUUACUCUUGACCCGUUUUACGUUGCAAUUGUUUUUUCGCUUCUCCCAGGGUGGACAGUGAGAAAAAGGAAUUGCUCUCAUUGUAACCUUGAAUUAAAGAAAACAUUUGCUUGAGAUGCUCAGAUGGCCGACUGUAGACAAAUUACUGUAACUAAAAAUUUGAAUAAAGCAGCU